GGUGCUGAGUGAGCGGCUCGCCGGCCGGAGCACUGCAGAGCCGCACCGCGGAGGCGGGGGAACGGGGCCGGCACCUUCCCCCUUUGCAGCGCCGCCUCCUCGCUCCCCGCAGCGCCGCACUCCCGCCGCCCGUCUCCCCCGCCCCAUGGAGCAGGGACCCGGGGGGGCAGCCGCGGGGGGAGCGGGGCUCCUCCUGCCCCUCAGCGACACGGAGCAGCAGCGCUACUCCGAGCUCUACUCGCUCUGCUGCUCGCCCGCGCCCGAGGGGGGCUCGGCGCCAGCCCCAGCCGCCGGGGGGAGCAAAGUGGGCGACUUGUUCAGGGCAUCGCAGCUCCCUGCGGACACGCUGCACCAGAUCACAGAACUUUGUGGGGCAAAACGUGUGGGUUAUUUUGGUCCAGCUCAGUUUUAUGUUGCUUUGAAACUAAUUGCUGCAGCGCAGUCUGGCCUUCCAGUACGGAUAGAGAGCAUUAAGAGUGAAUUGCCUCUUCCUCGGUUUAUGGCACUCAAAAAUGACAUUGAAAUGAGAUAUGGAAAUGCAGGAGAAAUACAUGGAGUUAAAUUUCAGAUUCCACAUCCAACCUUGGAAAAAAAUUCCUUCAAAAGAUCAGAUGAAGGGGAUAAAAAGCAGGAAACCAAGUCUCCUCCCAUGUCACCGAUGUGUUCACCUCCUGCUUCUCCAUCUAAUUACCAGAGAAUACCCUUGAGUUAUGGCUAUGGCAAGUCAAGGAGUAGGCUUGAACAGCCACAUGGAGUUUCUUAUGAAGCUAGACAUUCUACACACCAACAAGAUGGACCAGCAACGGGAAAUUAUGGAUCCAAAUCUGUACUUGUACAUUCCUCUCUUAGUCGGUUUCUUUCAGUAGAAAGUGAGCCACAGGACAGCAGUAAUUACCCAGAUGACCCCUGGAGGAUAACUGAGGAACAGCGAGAAUAUUACAUCAACCAGUUCAAAUCCCUGCAGCCUGAUCUGAACUCUCUUAUUUCAGGUUCCGUGGCUAAGAAUUUCUUCACAAAAUCCAAGCUUCCCAUCCCAGAACUUUCUCACAUAUGGGAGCUGAGCGAUGUAGACUGUGAUGGAGCGCUGACGCUGCCAGAGUUCUGUGCUGCAUUUCACCUCAUUGUUGCUAGGAAGAAUGGUUAUCCAUUGCCAGAUACGCUGCCGGAGACCUUACUGCCAGAUUACCUUCAACCAGCUUCCCUUAAGCCUAAACGUGACUGCGCAUUAUUGGAUUCUUAUUCUGAGUCAUUGCCAGUCAGUCAACAGACCAGGGACUUUAAUCGAACUGAGCUUGAAACUGUCUGUGAAGAUCCAACCAACUCAGAGCCGUUGAUUCUCUUUGAUGUGGCGACCUCCAUUGUUGAGCCAACAUCGGUUGAGGAGAUGCCUGAUAAAUCUGCCCUGACACAAGAUGCAAAUAGUGAUGACAAUCAAGCUCUGAACAUAAGCACUACUGCCAAAACAAUACCAAAGGAUUUUAAACCAUCUCAACACUUGUCUGUCAAAACAGUUGUUCAGGAAUCGAACACACUCAAGGCAAGACCAAGAUCCAGGUCCUAUUCCAGCACAUCUAUUGAAGAUGCAAUGAAAAAGGGGGAAGAGCCCCCUAUGCCCCCACCAAGGCCGCAGAAAUCACAUUCCAGAGCCUCCUCCUUGGACCUAAAUAAAAUCUUCCAGCCAAACACACAAGCUGUGAAGUCAGGUUGGUUACCACCACCACCUGCCCUGCCCCCUAGGCCUUUUGUAUCACAGCAGGGUCCUCACCAUGUCACAAAUACCGAGCCUGUUGCCCAGGCCAAAUCCAGCUAUGUAGAGUUCAGACUAAAGGAACAGACAGAACAAGUAUCUGAGAUUGAAUUACAUCCUCAGAUGAAUAGAGCUCCAUCACAGACAGAAGAACGCAGCCCAACGAGAAAGGAGAUUCUGCUUACUCAGCCACCAUCCAAACCAAUCCGCAGGAAAUUCCGCUCUGAAAAUCAGAUGUUGGAAAACCAGGAGCUUACUCCCACUAGCAGUGUGACCUCUUCCUUGCCUGCAGUCAAACCCCAUCUUCCAGCCCAAAACAGACAGUCUUCCAAGCAGAAGAGGGCUAUUCAGACGGCUAUUCGUAAAAACAAAGAAGCCAAUGCGGUGCUUGCCAGGUUGAACAGCGAACUCCAGCAGCAACUGAAGGAAGUUCACAAAGAACGAAUUGCAUUGGAGACUCAGUUGGAACAGCUUCGUCCUGUAACUGUCUUGUGACCUUCAGUACAUUAUUUAAUGGCAAUAAAUGGACAUUUGUGCCAAGAAUUUUUGACUCUAUUAGCACAACAAUGUAAAGUCUAUGUAAAGUUUUCACUGAGGCAAAGUGGAAUGUGAGUUGGGUUUGUUGGGUUUUUUUGCACACCACCUUGCACAUUUUCCCUUUCAGAUGAAGAGGGUAGAUGAGAUAAAUGUCAAACCGUAGGAUAUGUCUAAGAAAUGAAAGUUGUUUCCGACUUGUCCUUCAGGAUAUUACAAAAUGCAGUUAAUCACCAAAAUCAGUCAUCUAACUCUGAAAUUAUUAGUGGUUUAUUUAUUUAAAGAAUUCCUGAUUUAUGUACUUUCUUGAAACCCUAUUAUUAAAAGUUUCAUGCAUUCUUCUUUAUAUUUAAAAUCCCUAUUCUAAGGUGGUUUCUUGGACGUUUCUGAUUUCACAUAGGUUUAUACGAGGAAGGUAGUGUCUGUGGUUUUAAAACACAAAAGAGAAUAAAAAUAAUUGUACAGAUAGUCUAUAUUCACAAUCAGCUGUCACUUAAUUGUCUUUUUCGUGCCAUUUAUGAUUAUUGGUCAUUUAUGCCUUAUAAAUAUUGCAGGGUUUGUGUUUUAUAAGUUAAAAAUCAUGUGAAAAUGCAGUUUUGAGAACUAAAAAGUGUUGAAACCUGCUGAUUUUAGAAACUUUUUUUUUUAAGCUAUACCCCACAGGGAAAGUUAGAAAUGGGCAUGUUUCUCUGUAUGUAAUUAAUGUGUGCUUGUUAAAAUAACAGCAUUGUAAUUUUGCCACUGGAAGUUAAAAUGAAGCAUACGGUAUAUUGUGCUUGUCUUUGGAGACAUGGGUUUUAUUUCACGUUUGUUUGCAUUGGUCUGCAUUCCUGUUUUACUAGCUAUUGCGUUUUUUAAAGGACCUGAACUAGAUGUUUGAUUCCAAAUGAAAUAAACAUAUGUCUAUGCUCUAGGUAGGAUUUUUAAUGACUAUGAUGUGAAGAAAUGAUCCUACAAGGGGUUUCCAUUGAGUGGCCUUAAUACCACACAGGAGAGGCUCCUUACAGGAUGAGGCUCCCAGGACCUUUCCUUUCUCCAAAGGGAGAGUCAAAGGCUAUAGUACGCUAUCUGGGUCUGAUCCAGGGCCAGUUGAAGUCAAUGGGCAUCUUUCCAUUGACUUCAGUGGACAUUGGAUUAAGUCCUCUAUGAGACUUUCUGACAAUGGAAACUUUCUAGUGAACCUUUUUUAGUUAUUGGGCCAAUCCUCUUAUAACAGGUAGUUUUAGAAAUAAUGAAAUCAGCCUGUCCCCUUUGACAUAUGCCUCAUUGAUAAAAACAUAGCAUGCACGCCGUCCUAUUUCUUUCCUUCCCCCCUUGCAGCCCCAUAUGAGAUGCAUUGUAUAGUUCAUUGCUCAGGAUGUAAACUAAGCGUCUGCAUUAAGUUUGCAAAAGCUCUGCGUACAUUUUCUUCUAUUAUUUUUGAUGUUUUAUCCAUCUUGUUUUGGAAUGCUCCCCAAGGGUGGGUUAGAAAUAACUAGCCAGUCUCCGGUCAGGAUACAGUGCAAAAUGGAUAAAUGUGAAAAAGCUGUAGCGGAAUAGCAGAGCAGCCAGAAGUUUUAUCGAGACGUAAAACAAGAAUGACAUCAAUGUAAAUGUUUAAAGUUGACAUGGUGACUGAACAGACUCCCUUGGCUGAAGUUUAUAUGCAUUCAGAGUUUAUACAACAUUAUUCCAAUGUUGGGAGGGCAGUCCUCACAUUUGUAAAACUACGUUAACUGAAAGUUUGUUUGGUAAUACGUCACUCCUUAGCUAGCUAACCACUGUUUGUGUCUACAACAAAGAACUGAAUUUUUGGAUUUCUGACUUCUGUGUUCAUGCUCUGCAGUUGGAAUCAGAGAGAUGACCAUGGCUUGUGACUAAAUGAAGUUAGAAUCACAGCUUCUCCCAGUGAGCUGCGGAAGAAAUCUGCCAUCAUCUUCCCUAUUAGGGACAAUGUUCAGAACUUACACCAGUCAUUCUUAGAAAGACAAGGGGGGUGAGGUAAUAUCCUUUAUUGGACCUACUUCUGUUGGUGAAAGAGAGAUGUUUUGUAUCUCAAAAGCUUGUCUCUGUCACCAGCAGAAGUAGUUCCAAUGAAAGCUAUUUCCUCACCCCCCUUGUCUCUCUAAUAUCCUGGGAUCAACACUGCAUACACAAGUCAUUCUUUUCAUUUACAAAAUUGAAUUGUUAGAUUUGAAUGAGCUUAAAUUUUUUUUAAUUCUUGUUUCGUCGUUUUAUUAAGUAACAAAGUGACAAUUUUAAAGGACAGAGUUGGGUGGCACUUUCCAUAUUUGUGAUCCAGAAUGUUUGGAAAAAGGUUUUCAACUCUUAAGAAAUGUGCAAAUGUUUUAUUAAGCACUUUGGGUGAGAUUCUGCAGACCUUACUCAUGUUGAGUAGGACCUUAUUUCACAAGAAGCCUCAUUUAUUUCAGUGGGACUACUCAUGGAGUAAGAUGCUACGCUUAAGUAAGGAUGGAGAAAAGUAGUCCAUAGGGCUUAUUCAAAGAUCUGUCACGCAAAGUACUAUUAUAAUUAUUCCUUAUACUAUGAAUCGGGAUACUUGGAUGACCAUCAAUGGAACAUGUUACUUCGGUUUGGUCUACACUAGCAACUUAUGUCGGUAUAACUAUGUUGCUCAGGGGUGUGGAAAGUUCACACCCCUGAGCAAGGCAGUUGCAUUGACCUAACUACUGGUGUAGACAGCCUUAUGUUGAUGAGAGAGCUUCUUCUGUCAACAUAGCUACCGCCUCUUGGGGAGGUGGAGUACCUACGCUGAUGGGAGAAGGCCUCCUGUCAGGGUAGAUAGUCUCUUCACUGAAGCGCUACAGCAGCACAUCGGUGUAGCUGUGCCACUGCUGCCUUUUAAGUGUAGACAGGCCCAUAGUCAUCCUGAAUCAUAGAGGUUAAUACAUAGAAGGGUUUAUACCAUUUCUGAUGCUGAGCUUUUAGAGCUGCAUUCUAAUGUUCUACUGAGCUCAAGAGGCCAUCCUAAUUCAGUCAUUUUAUGUGUCAUUUAUUAUAUUAUUGAUGAUGGUGUACCACUUUACACAGUGUGGAAAGCAAAAUAGCAAGGGAAGGGUUAAGAUGUGUUUUAUCUCUGAAGCUCGAAGUCAGGAAGUAAGUUACUUGGAGUAUCUUCCUAGUACUUUGACAGUUCUGAUAGCCUACAGAAUAUGUAAAAUCUGCUCCUGCUGUUAUUUUGGUUUAAAAAAAAAUGUAAUGGGAGUUACAGGUGCUCAGCCCCUUUGAAAAUCAGGCCAUUUAUUUAGGUGCAUAUAGCUAAUAUUUUCAAAAGUGCCUAAGUCCCAUUUUCAAAAGUGCUCUAGGGCUUUAGAAGCUUAAGUCCCAUUAACUUUCAAUGAGACGUAAGGAAAAGAUGUCAAAAAUGCUUAAGUGACGUAGGACUUUCAAUGAGACAUAGGCUCCCGAGCUCCUAAGUCACUUUUGAAAAUGUGACUUUGGCUCCUAUGUCACAUAGGCAAUUUGAAAAUUGUAGCCUUAGGCUAAAUUUUUCAAACAUGGGUGCCUAAAAUUAAGCACUUGUAAUGGCCUGAUUUUCAGAAGUGCUGAACAUCCAUAAAUCCCGUUGAAGUCAAUGGGAACGAAGUGCUAAGAACUGUUUGAAAAUCAGGCCAUUUUAUUUCUGUUCUAAAUGUAUAUAAUGGCUCAACAGCAGACACAAUGAACAAGUUGUGGGGACCUGUUUAAAGAUAGAACAGUCUGACUAUACAAUCCUAGAACAUUGUUUAAAGAUAUUAAAUAUUAAAGAUUAAUGUUCUGGUUAUUAAACUAGUAUUAGGACACCAUGGAAAUUUAUAUAUCAUCUUUAAUUAUGGCUCCCAUAUUGCUGGAUUUAAAAAUAUUGAUCAUUAGCAAGUUCAGCCCUGUUAGGUUCAGAUGGUCACUUCAGCGAGAGGAACUUUUUCAGCUUUCUUCUAAACAUUCCAAGCUUCAUAUUGUACUCAGGGUCUCGGAGUAUAUCCUGUCAUUUCACAUACUACGCUUGCACAUGCAAGCAGGGUAGACAAUUUUAUUUAGGUGGUGGCCUGGCCUAAAAUUAGAAGUAAUCUUGAAAUGCAAUGAGGGAUGUUAGUGACUUCAUACCUCAACCCCUACUUCAUACCUAACAAGACUUGGAGGACAAUUAUUUGCAUUACAGAACUACCCUGGGGGGUGGUUGUGAUUUGGAACUCUUUAUAAGAAGCUUUAGGAUAAGCUUAAUAUGGCAAUUCUCUCUCCCUGUUGUAGAAGCUGCUUCCGCCAAGUUUAAAUCGCAUAUCAUAACAAAGACAGUUUGUAAAAGCUUCCAGUCUGAAAGGGAGGAGCGUCACUUCUCCAGCACUGCCAGUCCUUUAGCCUUCAGCACAUAUACACCUUAAUUGAUAAGAAGUAGUUGUCGUUAUAAAAGUCAGGAUGGGAAAGAGGGAUAAUGAACCCACAUAUUUUAGCAACUAGAGUGAAAACUUAUUUUUUCAAGACAUGACUAUCCCAAAUGAGAAGAAAUAUAUAUUUUGAAGCUUUUCUUUAUCUUCAUGAAACUAUGUAUUACAUCUUUGUCUGCUAUUGAUCAUUUGAUAUAAAACUGGUAUUGGAAGCCUUAUUGUUAAUCUAAAAUUUUCAAAAUGUUCCCCUCAGGUUACUAUAUAUUUGUAUAUUUACUUAUACAGUGUAGUUGAUAACCAUAUUCCAGAAGACUUGUUUUCCCAGCUGCAGAAAUGUUAGUGUGGUAGAUUGCAAGAUAUAUAACAUUCUAUACUAUGCACAUCCAAUUUUGGAAAAUGUAUAUGGUAUGAAACUGGGUGCUAUGUUAAAAUAAAAAGCUACA